AAUGUUUGUUUUCCAUCAGCCGAUUCGUUAGCGCGGUCCUCUUUCUUUUUCUUUUCCUUAUAAAAGAGCCUUCCCGGAGCUAAAGCCGCGCCUGUAGCAGUGUGCACCUUUCGCUCGCCAGCCUCUCCCUUAGUGACAGAGAUCGGCAGCGGUGGAAAGAGGCCGCCGUCGAAAGUGCCGUCGCCAUCCCUGGCCUUAACCCCAACCCGGUGGGAAGGAUCAAGAUGGCGUGUCUGCUGGAGACCCCAAUCCGCAUGAGCGUCCUUUCGGAAGUGACAGCUAGCAGUCGCCACUAUGUUGACAGGCUAUUUGACCCUGAUCCCCAGAAAGUUCUACAAGGUGUUAUAGACAUGAAAAAUGCUGUAAUUGGAAACAACAAACAGAAAGCCAACCUCAUUGUUUUAGGAGCAGUUCCAAGACUCUUAUAUCUGCUUCAGCAAGAAACUUCAAGUACAGAGCUAAAAACUGAAUGUGCAGUAGUCUUGGGAAGUCUUGCUAUGGGUACAGAAAACAAUGUCAAGUCUCUCCUGGACUGCCAUAUUAUUCCUGCCUUAUUGCAAGGCUUACUAUCACAAGAUUUGAAGUUCAUUGAAGCUUGCCUUAGAUGCCUUCGCACCAUUUUUACCAGUCCAGUCACCCCAGAGGAGCUACUUUAUACAGAUGCUACAGUUAUACCCCACCUCAUGGCACUGCUCGGUAGAUCUCGUUAUACACAAGAAUACAUUUGUCAGAUCUUCUCUCAUUGCUGCAAAGCACCAGAUCAUCAAACAAUUUUAUUUAACCAUGGAGCAGUACAGAAUAUUGCUCAUCUGCUAACUUCAGUGUCAUACAAAGUUCGAAUGCAAGCACUGAAAUGCUUCUCCGUUCUAGCCUUUGAAAACCCCCAGGUAUCCAUGACCCUUGUAAAUGUUUUGGUUGAUGGAGAAUUAUUACCCCAGAUUUUUGUGAAGAUGUUACAGAGGGAUAAGCCUAUUGAAAUGCAACUCACAUCAGCAAAAUGCUUAACAUAUAUGUGCAGAGCUGGAGCAAUUCGGACAGAUGACAAUUGUAUUGUAUUAAAGACUUUGCCUUGUUUGGUUCGAAUGUGCAGUAAGGAGAGAUUGCUAGAGGAGCGAGUUGAAGGAGCUGAAACACUUGCCUAUCUGAUUGAACCAGAUGUUGAACUACAAAGAAUUGCUAGCAUAACAGAUCACCUUAUUGCAAUGCUUGCUGAUUACUUCAAGUAUCCCAGUUCGGUCAGUGCAAUCACUGAUAUCAAAAGGCUUGACCAUGAUUUAAAGCAUGCUCAUGAACUUCGCCAGGCUGCUUUCAAGCUUUAUGCCUCUCUUGGAGCUAAUGAUGAAGACAUCCGGAAGAAGGUGAGUCUGGGAGAGGGGCGUCCCCCAGUCCUGACAGCCAGCAGGCAGGGAGUGACAUCAUCCUGAAAGGCGUGGUGAAGAGCACUAACAGUGACUGUUUGACUAUAAUAAAACAGAGGGACUAAAGGCAUAAUUGAAGAAUGAAUGGGACCCGGAUGUGGGGUUUUUUGUUUGUUUUGUUUCUAGAAACGUAGUGUGGCAUGAACGUGCUGGAAUGACCAAUAACUGGUGUGCUUUUAUGUGACAUUAAUAUGGAUUCUCAUGUUGCACAUUUUUUGCAUGUGUUCUGGUGAAAUUUAUUCUAGCACUGUGAAGCUUCAGACACCUUGAAAAACAUAACACUAGAAUUGUAAAUGUUAUUUAUGGAAAUACCUUCUUUCUGAUACCAUUGAGAAAUUCAAAUCUCCUAUUGUACAUUGUUCUUUGAUAUGUGGCCUAGUUAUGUUUUAAUUUUUUUGCUACUGUGCAAGUUUUGUGUGAAUAAAAGCUUUGUGGAAUGAUGA